GGUUCCGUUAAAAUGGCGGCCUUGUCGCCGGCGGUGCCCGAGAGGCUGUAGCGGGUCCGGGACGCCGGGAGCCUGCGCGGCGCGGGGCGCGGGGCAGGCGAGGGCCGGGGGCUCCGCAGGCCCCCCGCGGGCCGUCCCUGGCGAGGAUGGCGACCCCGGACCAGAAGUCGCCGAACGUCCUGCUGCAGAACCUGUGCUGCCGGAUCCUGGGCAGGAGCGAAGCCGACGUAGCCCAGCAGUUCCAGUAUGCCGUGCGGGUUAUCGGCAGCAACUUUGCUCCAACCGUUGAAAGAGAUGAAUUUCUCGUAGCCGAAAAAAUCAAGAAAGAACUUAUUCGGCAAAGAAGAGAAGCGGACGCUGCGUUGUUUUCAGAGCUCCACAGAAAGCUCCACUCACAGGGAGUUUUGAAGAAUAAAUGGUCAAUUCUCUACCUCUUGCUCAGCCUCAGUGAGGACCCGCGCAAGCAGCCGAACAAGGUUUUUGGCUACGCCGCGCUGUUCGCCCAGGCGCUACCGAGGGACGCGCACUCCACCCCCUACUACUACGCCCGGCCCCAGACGCUGCCCCUCAACUACCAGGACCGCAGCGGCCCGGCCGCGCAGAGCGCCGGCAGCGUGGCGAGCAGCGGCGUCAGCACCAUCAGCGCGUCCGCCCUGAGCGGCCCGGCCCCCACGCCGCCGUCCCUCCUGCCGGGACAGCCUCACCACACGCCUGGAGUCGGGGACUGUCUUCGGCAGCAGCUGGGGUCGCGUCUUGCGUGGACUUUAACUGCAAACCAGCCUUCUUCACAAGCCAGUACCUCAAAAGGUCUCCCAAACACUGUCUCUCGCAACGUGACGAGACCAAGGAGGGAAGGGGACGCAGGUGGUGCUGGGGAGGUUGCGGAGGCGGCCCUCGUGCGCGACAUCGUGUACGUCUUCCAGGGUAUAGACGGCAAGCACGUCAAGAUGGACAGCACGGAGAACCGCUACAAAGUGGAGGCGAAGGCAAACCUAAGUAAAUCUUUGAGGGAUACGACAGUCAGACUUGCUGAGUUGGGAUGGUUGCAUAAUAAAAUAAGAAAAUACACUGACCAGAGGAGUCUAGACCGUUCGUUUGGACUUGUGGGUCAGAGUUUCUGCGCGGCCUUGCACCAGGAGCUGAAGGAAUACUACCGGUUGCUCUCCGUCUUACAUUCCCAGCUACAGUUAGAGGAUGAUCAGGGAGUGAAUUUGGGCCUUGAGAGUAGCUUGACGCUCCGGCGCCUCCUGGUUUGGACGUACGACCCCAAGAUCAGACUGAAGACUCUGGCGGCCCUGGUGGACCACUGCCAAGGGAGGAAAGGAGGUGAGCUGGCUUCUGCUGUCCACGCGUACACGAAGACGGGGGACCCAUACGUGAGGUCGCUGGUGCAACACAUUCUCAGCCUAGUGUCGCACCCCGUGCUGAGCUUCCUGUACCGCUGGAUAUACGACGGGGAGCUCGAGGACGCCUACCACGAAUUUUUCGUAGCCUCGGAUCCAGCAGUCAAGACGGACCGGCUGUGGCAGGACAAGUACACGCUGCGGAAGUCGAUGAUCCCCUCCUUCAUUACCAUGGACCAGUCCCGGAAGGUCCUUUUGAUUGGAAAGUCAAUAAACUUCCUGCACCAGGUCUGUCACGACCAGACGCCCACCACAAAGAUGAUAGCUGUGACCAAGUCUGCCGACUCGCCCCAGGACGCUGCGGAUUUGUUCACAGAUCUGGAGAGUGCGUUUCGGGGGAAGAUUGAUGCCGCCUACUUGGAGACCAGCAAGUACCUGUUGGACGUUCUCAACAAAAAGUACAGCCUGCUGGACCACAUGCAGGCUGUGAGGCGCUACCUGCUGCUGGGCCAGGGCGACUUCAUCAGGCACCUGAUGGACUUGCUCAAACCAGAACUUGUCCGUCCAGCUACGACUUUGUAUCAACACAACUUGACUGGAAUUCUUGAAACGGCCGUCAGAGCAACCAACGCCCAGUUCGACAGCCCUGAGAUCCUCAAGAGACUGGACGUGAGGCUGCUGGAGGUCUCUCCAGGUGACACCGGGUGGGACGUUUUCAGCCUGGACUACCACGUGGAUGGGCCUAUUGCCACGGUGUUCACGCGGGAGUGCAUGAGCCAUUACCUGAGGGUGUUUAACUUCCUCUGGAGGGCGAAGCGGAUGGAGUACAUCCUCACGGACAUCCGCAAGAGCCACAUGUGCAACGCCAAGCUCCUGAGGAACAUGCCAGAGUUCUCCGGGGUGCUGCACCACUGCCACAUCCUGGCUUCCGAGAUGGUCCACUUCAUCCACCAGAUGCAGUAUUACAUCACGUUCGAGGUGCUUGAGUGCUCCUGGGAUGAGCUGUGGAACAAGGUGCAGCAGGCCCAGGACCUGGACCACAUCAUCGCGGCGCACGAGGUGUUCCUGGACACCAUCAUCUCCCGCUGCCUGCUGGACGCCGACUCCAGGGCACUUUUAAAUCAACUAAGAGCCGUGUUUGAUCAGAUCAUCGAACUUCAGAACACUCAAGAUGCGAUUUAUAGAGCGGCUCUGGAAGAGCUACAGAGGCGAUUGCAGUUCGAGGAGAAGAAGAAGCAGCACGAGAUCGAGGGCCGCUGGGGAAUGACGGCAGCGGAGGAGGAGGAAGAGAACAGGAGGGUCCAAGAGUUUCGGGAAUCGAUACCGAAGAUGUGCUCGCAGCUGCGGAUACUGACCCACUUCUACCAGGGCAUCGUGCAGCAGUUCCUGGUGCUGCUGACGACCAGCUCGGAUGAGAGUCUCCGGUUCCUGAGCUUCAGGUUGGACUUUAACGAGCACUACGAGGCCCGAGAGCCGAGGCUGCGCGUGUCCCUGGGCUCCCGAGGGCGGCGCGGCUCCCACGCGUGAGCCCUCCCCGGGCCGCCGAGCUGGGACCGCGGACGCGGCGUGCACGCUCCUGGUGGCGGCGUCUGUCGAAUCUAAGGCCUGGUUUUAUACGUGGAGUUGAAUAUAUUUGUAAUAUCACCGAGUUAAAUAGGCUGGUUUGCAAUAUUCAGAUUUAUUUUUUAAAGUCUUCAUAUUUAAGAGAUCCCACACUUCGUUGAGGCUUCGUAAGCUCUCCAUGAUAUAAUUUAUAUUUGUCACUUUUUCAGAAAUACCCGUUGCUUUUAGAGAAAAUUAGAACCAAUGGAUGUUCAUCAGUUAAGAUGGUAAUGUUGUUGCUAUUUUUUUAACCUCCUCCUCAGAGGCAGUUUCUGUUCUGUAAUCAAACUGUUGAAACAGAAUGUCCUUACUAAGAAAAUAUACAGAGCAUUUUAUUUUGGUUCAUAGUGUAUAAAAUGUUAACCUCUGUAAGAACCUUUACACGUUUAUUCUUCUUUCAAAGUUUACAUUUUUAUAUUUAAUUUACUCUUCGAGAUAACUUCUGAAAUAGUGUAGGACGUAGGGGUGAUCUGAGCCACCCUCAAGCCUAGACUUCCUCACCUGUCGGCCGAAGGGACGAUGUAAAUACGGAGACUAGGAACUGAAUGAACUAUUUUAUUUUCAAAUUCCGAUGAGCAUUGGAAAGAAACUGACUCGAAUAAUGAAGAUUUCUUUUUUCCUUCCUAUUUUUUCACUGUAAAUAUUUAUAUACUACUGAUCAGAUGUGGGGGGACUGUUUUUUGUAACAAUGUCAUAUCAAGUCACAUAAAUCUGCCUUUAUUAUGUUGCAUAAGUGAAACUUAGAGAAUUAAAAGCCCUCACCUUUCACUGUA